UGGUACGGGCCUCUGCAUGCCUCUGCAUUUCACGGGAAGGGUACGUGAUUUGAAACGGAAGAACACAUCGGAGCCCCGCGAAAAUCCUGCCGCGAGGCGCGCAGCGAUAGCGCAGAGCAACCGAGCAACCACGUAAACAAACUGAUAAUGUCACAGCGUCACGCGUCACAGCCGCGACAACGUGCUUUCGUGCGUUGAGUGGGUCAGAGUUGAGAGUGGUUGAGAGUGCCAGGGUGCCAGCGGCAGAACCAAGAAGACCAGUGAAACAAGCAUUCUCCGACAAGGAGAAAACAGAAAGCCGUUCCAAUCGGCUUGUAUAAUACGCAACUCCUUUUACAUAAUAGUUUCGUACGCACGUUUCAAUGUAACUAACAUGACAUCUCGAAGGAAACCUAGCACAGAGGACAUGCAGGAAAAGUUUGAGCGUGAACUGUGUUGGUGUACUGAGCAACUGAGCACAAUGCUUUCAGACAUGGACCCGAAUAAAAGGCAAUAUAAAGACAAACUGAAGGCAUUACAAACCCUUGAGAAUCCAAAGGCGCCUAUGAUAAAAAAGCGUCAAGUGAUGAGCGCUGCCCUGGGAAACUACAGACAGCAGAUGGAAGUGGAACAGGCAAAGUACAAUACAGGUAAUAUGCAGAACAGAAUGAAGCUAGAAGUUGCCACUGGGUCACAAGCAACAUUUAUCAAGAAAGUGGUGGCUUCUCAAAAGAUACCUGCUGAAGAAAACGGGUUUAUGUUUAACUUUGUCGUUAAUGAAGAGUCUCUUUCAUAGUGCUGUAAACUGCUGUGCAUUACCGCCGUCUUUUUCAAUAAAUAACUGUUGUGAAUUCCA